AUGUCUCUGAAUUACAUCGACUACAAAAAUACCCAGUACCUCGCUUCCUUGAAAACACACAAUUUACUAAAAAAUGAAAUCCUCCUCUCCAUCAACGACAUAUCAGGCAUCCUAACCAUUCCCCCAUCAAUUUACAACUCAUUACAAUUGCAAGACGAUAAUCCUACUCUAACCAACGACGAAAUCUUUAGAAAACUCCAACUCAUCCUCCCCAAAAAAUCACAAAACCUAGUCUACUUAUCCCAUGGCCACGCUGGUCAUAAAUCAUACUGCUACCUCGCAAUCACUUCAAGAUUACUAGCCCAACAUUUAAAUUAUUUCGCCUUUAGAUUUGACUUCAAAGGCUGUGGCGACUCAAAAGAUAACGAAAACCACCACAUAAUAGGCAGACUAAUCGAGCAUGACAUCGACUGUCUAGACAUCUUAUUCAACCAUUUCGAUACUAACUUUACCCUUUUCAACAACUUUGCUAUCAUUGCUCAUUCAAGAGGCUCCAUUGCAAUGUUUAAAUGGGCCUUGAAAUUCCAACUCCAAAACCCUUCCAAACCUCUUCCCCAUCUAAUCAAUUGUUCUGGCAGAUUCAAUUCCAAAAAAUUAGCUGAAUCCUUUUUAUCCAACCCUAUAACAAAACACCAGUGGGAGACUAAAAAUGGUAUCCACGUAAAAUGCUACAAAAAUGGCAACUACAACUUCAAUUCCUUUGUCCCCAAAAAUGAAACUAUCCAUCUAUCCAGCCACGACAUGUCCCCAAUCAAAGAUAUAUCAAAAGACGUUAAAAUCCUAAGUAUCUAUGGCUCAAACGACCAAAUAAUCCCCAAAAACGAUGCCUUUACCUACGAUUCUGUUUUAAAUUUAGAUCUCCAUCAUAAUAACAAAAGACACUUUUUGGAAUGGAUUGAUGAUGCUGACCACAACUUUUAUGGAAUAACUGUAAUCAAUAACGAAAACAAAUCCAUAAAAAAUCCAAACAAUUAUCCAUUAAAUGCAAGAAGUAAAAUCAAUUACAACUAUAGAGUAGCUGAAAUUAUCCUAAACUUUUUCCUACAAAUUACAACGCCCCAAUAA